UAUACAGGGAAAAUUUCGUGUAAGCGAUAAAAUUUACUUGGACGACUUAUUGAGUGAAAUUUGCAUUCCUUUUCAUACAAUUUGCUUCCUUCCGUGCAAAAAUUGGCUGAAUGAUAACUGACAGAACAAUCAAGGUUUCUUUGCACCAUAUGGUUAAAGACGUCAUCAUAUCAAUUAGUGAACAAUGUAGUCAACGCAUUCAAAGCCAACCAAAGUCAACGUACGCAGCUUUUAUCGCAACGAAGUUGCAUCAAAUCAAUAUAAAGUUAACAAUUGCAAUGAAGAUGGAUUUUGCAUUUUUGUUAUGUCUUGCUUCAGUAUUUUGUGUAGCCAAGUCUGAUGACCCUCCAGGACAUCUACAACCUCUCGGCUCCCAUAUGCCUCCUAUUAAAAUCGAUGUGAUCGAUACUCCACCCAAUCCACAAGAAUUUUUUGAUAAAUACAUUAAAGUCAAUAAACCAAUCGUCAUCAGAGGAGCGGCAAAAGUUUUUAGCAAUUUCAAUACUUGGAGAGACGAUGAUUACUUGAGAGAAAAGUACGGUAAAUGGAUAGCUCCAACAGAAAUCGGAAAAUUUGAAGCUCAAAUAUACGGAGAAAUUGUAGAGAUGAAAUUUGCACGUUUUCUGAGAAGCUAUAAAAAGCGAGAACUCUGCAUAAUUCGAGACAUUGUGCCCAAAAACCCAAUGAGAGACGAACUAUCUUUUAUAAAAUCUAUGUCGUGUGGUGGAUUUCAAGAACGGAUUUCGAAGGUGAUAUUUCUAUUUUCCUCUGGAUCUGCUCAAUCGGCACUACAUUGGGAUAUGCAAGAAAAUAUGCACUGUAUGCUUGAUGGUACGAAGAAUUGGACAAUUAUUCACAGGAAAGAUCGACACAUACUCCCGGAAACUGAUUAUUCGCCCGUAUAUUCUGGAAUUGAUCCAAGAAGUGUUGACAUGUACAAAUAUCCCGUAAUGCAAGAUAUGCCUUGGUAUCAAGCUUCCGUUGAAGCUGGAGAUUGUUUGUUUGUUCCAAAUAACGCACCGCACUACGUGAAAUCAGGAGAUUCGAGGAAUAUGGCCUUUUCUAUCUGGUUCGAUGCCCCGAGAUCGCUCAAUCUAACAGACUGUCCGGAAAAUGAAGCAGAUUUACCUGACUCUGUGCCAAUUGGCCAAAGCGUAAUAUCAGACUUGGAAAGUGUAAAGGCAUUUUUGUAUACAAUGAUUGAUGAUCGUACUGAUAGACUGUCCGUCAUCAAGUUUACCAAAAUGGUUCACGCGUUUGGUGCGGACGAGGAGACUUCGUCGGAUCUUCGUGACGUACUCGAUAAGGAUAAAGACGGUUUUAUUACCGAAGAAGAGAUCGAAGCUAUAACAGAUGUCACCGAUGAGAUGUGGUCGGGGCUUUUAAAUGAAACAGAUGAAUACAAAGAGGUAGAAGACUUCAGGAAAAGUAAAAAAGAAAAAGAUGAACUAUAGAACUAAAACAUUCAAAAAACUUGACCUUAGAUUUUGUGAAAAUUACCAUGAAUGUAAAUUUUUUGCAAUGAUUUAAUUGUGCUAAUAGUUAUGUUUGAUCAAUUGUAAAUAACACUAUGAUGAAGUGCGGUAACAAUUUUUAAAUAUAUAACUGAAUUGA